UCACAAGAAAAAUUGUUGGAUUAAAAUUUCACCACAAACAACUUACAUAAUUAAAGUAGACAAAAAGAAAAGAUGGCACGGCAACAUAGAGCAGUUCAAAAUACCAAUACCACAAUCAAGGAUUCCCAAAAAAUCAGGCAUAUUUAUAUCUCAACGACUACGAUUAACAUAUGACAUAACACAAGCUUUUUCAAAUAUAAGCGAACAAUUAUAG